CUCUCUUCGCUCAAUCGAUUCCUCGUAAAGAUGGCCGCCUUACUACUUCUCCCACACUCCCCGCUCUAUAUACGAAGCCCACCUCUCCCUUCUCUCCUCCUCUCCGUCGGACCCAGCCAAGCGAGAGCAAAGAGGCAUGCCGCUCGAGAACUGCUUCCCUCGCCUCCCCCGUGUGGGGGCCAAGAAGGCGGCCAGGGAGCUUCGGGACAAGAGGAAGUACAGCGAACUCUCCAUCCACUCCGAGUUCGCCGUCCCCUGCACCCCUCGCCCAUCGACAUCCAUACCCACGUCUAGGAAAGCUGCUCCGGCACAGACCGCCGCCGCCUCCAAGGAUGAGGACUCCCCCGUCGAUGACCCGCGGAUGUGCGCGGCGUACACCUCCGAUAUCUAUCGGCACCUCAGAUCGAUGGAGGUGGAGGCGAAGCGGAGGCCGUCGGCGAACUACAUGGACGCUAUUCAGAGAGAAGUGACGGCUGACAUGAGGGGGAUUCUGGUGGAUUGGCUGGUGCAGGUGGCUGAGGAAUACAAACUGCUCCCCAACACGCUUUACCUCGCCGUCUCGUACAUCGACCUGUUCCUUUCCUCCAAAGCGAUCAGGACGCAGCGGCUGCAGCUCCUCGGGGUCUCCUCCAUGUUCGUUGCUGCGUAUGUUCUGAUGUGCUUUGUUUUGGCUAAAGAUGAUUCCUUUUCUCCUCGAACGAUCCCUCUGUUGAUGAAUGUUUUCGGAUGCAGGAAGUACGAAGAGAUAUACCAUCCAAGUAUCGAAAAUUUCUGUGAUAUCACGGCUAAUGCUUACAACCAGCAGGAGAUGAAGAAGAUGGAGAGGGACAUCCUCAAGUGUCUCGAGUUUGAGAUGGGCAGUCCCACCAUCAAGACAUUCCUGAGGCGAUUCACGGAGGCUGGUCAUGAAGAUGGCAAAAAUUGGGGUGCGCAACUGGAGUUUCUGGCAAGCUACCUUGCGGAGUUGAGCUUGGUAGACUAUGGCUGCGUGCAGUUCUUGCCGUCGGUGAUCGCUGCUUCAGCUGUAUUCGUUGCGAGAUUCACACUGAAUCCAAAGAGUCAUCCAUGGAACAGGAAACUGGAACAGUGUACCGAGUACAAAGCGAGUGACCUGAAGGACUGCGUCCAUGCCAUACACGACCUGCAGUGGAAGAAGAGAGCAGUGUCUUUGGUGGGCAUCAGCGAAAAGUACAAGCAAAACAAGUUCCAUGGCGUGUCGAUGUUGCUUUCUCACGCUGAGAUUCCUGCAAUUUACACCCGAAGUAAUUGUUGUGGAUUUCGGAAUCUGCUGUUGACCACCAAGUUGUAGCCAUCUUAACUUGUGUUGUGACCUGUAGAAGAUGAUGAUGCAGUUGAAACCUACCGAAAGACGCGCAGAUUCUCAUGUAAUUAUUCUUUCUUUUAUUUCCGUACAUCAUUUAUGGCUGUAUGCAAAUGAUUUGUAUGAUUGAAAGAUAAGUUGAUUGAUUUUGAC